UUUUAGAGUUCUUGCAUUAUAGUCAUCAAUAGUUUGCUAAUUUUUCCUCCGGUUUAUUUUACUGUUUAGUUGCUCACGACUAUGCAACUUCUUUCAGAUGGGAUCGUUGCCGAGUGAGGUCGUUCCUUGUCCGGAAGAGCCACAAGUAAUUUACAGAAGGAUACUAGGCAAAAGCAAAAGCGAAACCGUUCCCGAGAACAAGGACGACGGCGAGUCGGACGACGACGACGACGAGGAUGAAGAGGAAGACGAUGAUGGGGAGGAUCAGGACGAUGAUGGGGGCGAGGAUGAGCAAUCGGGUGACGAGGGGAACGAGAAUGAAGGAGGUGAAGACGACGAUGACCCUGAGGCCAACGGCGAAGGGGGGAGCGACGACGACGACGACGAAGAAGACGACGAUGACGACGACGAUGACGAUGAUGAGGAGGGUGAGGACGAGGACGAGGAGGAUGAGGACGACGAAGAAGAUGAGGAGCUGCCCCAGCCACCCUCUAAGAAGAGGAAAUGACCUGAAAAAAGGGGGGGGGGGAAAGAAUGUUGGUUGCUUAAAUUUUAGGGUUCCUUACAGCUUUGUGUUUUAGUAUGGGGGGAGUUUGUUGGUUGGAGGAAUAGUCUUUAGGGGGGGGGGUUGGGGUUGUAGUGUGUGGUUAGGGGUUACAGUAGGGGAAAUAGGAAAAUGACUUAUUGUGAAUGCACCUCUUAAGAUUUCCCUUAUUUUGUGUUCUUUUAACUCUUGGAAUAUCAUAUUGCUGUGGACAUUUUGUUGUGUUGUGUAAUUCAAGUGGCUUUUUAGUUUCCAGUC